AUGGAUGAUGAGUUUAAUGGAAAAAUGAUUGCAUCGCUGAUGCAGACUGACCCUGCUGCAGCAGCUGCAAAGAUCUUAGAACAUGUAGAAAUGCAAACCAAUAUGCCACUAAACAUCGCCAUCACCGGAAAAUCUGGCUCUGGUAAAUCCACUUUUAUUAAUUACUUUAGAGGAACGACCAACAACGAUGAAGGAGCAGCUCCUGCUGGUUGUACUGAAACCACCUCAGUUGUCAGCUCAUACCUCCAUCCAAAGUAUGCCAACGUUAUCUUAUGGGAUCUUCCUGGGAUUGGAACCACAAAUAUUUCAGCUGACGAAUACAUGAAGCAUGUAGAAUUUGAAAGUUUUGACUUCUUCAUCAUCAUCUCAGACACUCGCUUCAGAGAAAAUGAUGUGAAACUUGCUAAGGCGAUUCAGAAGAUGGAGAAGAAGUUCUACUUCGUUCGCUCAAAGAUCGACAGUGAUUUACAAGCUCAAGAGAGAAGUAAACAGAACUUUAAUGCCGAGGAGACUCUGAAACAAAUCAGAGAAAACUACAUCAGAGAUCUUCAGAUAGAAGGAUUUGAGUCUCCACAGGUCUUCCUGCUGUCCAAUUAUGAUCUCCACCUCUUUGAUUUCCCUCUGUUACAUGAGACCUUAGAGAGAGAACUUCCUGAACACAAGAGACGUGCUUUUCUGAUGGCCAUGCUAAACAUCAACCUGCAAGUUAUAAACAAGAAGAAAGAAGCUCUUCAUUCCCAAAUAAAGUAUAUUGCUGCUGCAUCUGCAGCUGGAGCAGCUGUACCUGUUCCAGGGCUUUCCAUUGCUGUUAAAUUUACUCUAAUUUUUACAGCUUUCAAACAAUACAUUGUUAGCUUUGGGCUUGACAUCAGAUCACUUGAUAAACUAGCUGACAGCACAGGCGUGCCAGUUACUGAUCUGACAGGAGUCAUCCACUCACCACCAGCUACAGUAAAAAUAACCCCAGCUCUCAUUCUAAAGUUUUUUGCGCAGUUGAGAAUUGCCAUUGCAUUAAUGGCAGCAGAGGAAGUGGUCAGAUUCAUCCCAAUGAUUAGAAUCCCAGCAGCAAUGGGGCUUUCUUUUGCAGCAACCUCCAAAGCAUUGAGUCAUAUUCAUAACAUACUUGCUGAAGAUGGACAGAGGGUUUUUAAAAGAGCUCUGGGUUUAAACAGCUCAGUGUGA